GAUCGAUGGAGAAACAGAAAAUGACAUGGAAACGUGAAGAUCUGAUAGAUUUCUUGAUAAAGAAAGGCAACGGCAUCAAGGGGCUGUCGGAGCUGAAGCUGGCAAAGAUCCCAGAUGACUUCAUCCAGCCCCCUCACCAAAGGCUAAGCCACACCAAAGUCGCAACCCAGCACUCCAUACCCAUCAUCGACGUCUCCAACUGGGAUGAUCCCAGAGUCUCCCAAUCCAUCUGCGCCGCCGCCGCCGACUGGGGUUUCUUUCAGAUCAUCAACCACGGCAUCCCCAUCGGCGUGCUCCAAGAUGUCAAGAAUGCUACUCACGAUUUCUUCAACCUUCCCGUGGCGGAGAGGAGCAAGUAUCUCAAGGAGAACUCUCCUACUCCCUCCAUCGUGUUGAAGACCAGCUUCAGUCAUUCCGUCGACAAGGUUCUAGAAUGGAAGGAUUCUCUUCUCCACUUCACCGGGACACACGACGACGGCUCCCACCUCUGGCCUAAUUUAACCAGAGAUCGAGUUUUGGAAUAUACUAAGUUGGCAAGACCUGUGAUAGGGAAUUUAGUAAGUGUGUUGCUGAGUGGUAUCAACGUGCAGCAGAAACAAACACAAUCUGAUUUGGUGGGAUCUGUAGAUGUGAGCCUUCUCUGCUACCCAAAGUGUCCGAACCCGGAUCUUGCAAGUGGGGCGACUCCGCACUCCGAUGUAUCGGUGCUCACGCUCCUCCUGCAAGACGACGUAGGCGGGCUUUACGUGCGGGCGAGCCAAGGCGAGGAUCAAUGGAUCCAUGUGGAGCCGAUGGAGGGCGCUCUCAUCGUCAACGUCGGAGAUGUGCUCGAGAUUAUGAGCAAUGGCAAGUACAAGAGCAUCGAGCAUCGCGUGUUUUUGGUGAGCGGCGACGUGGAUAGGGUUUCGGUGCCUCUAUUCGUCAUCCCUCCGCGCGAUGCACUGAUUGGUCCCUUGCCGGAAGCAUUGCACAUUGGAGAGAAGCCUAUUUACAGACAAAUUGUCUUCUCGGAUUACUUCAAUCGUGCCUUCAGCAAACCCCCUAACGGCAAGCAAACUAUUGAUUAUGUUAGAGUCUGAUAUAUAUAGGAAGUGGUUCAAAUAAAAACUUCCUAACGAAUAAGA